UGCCAGACACAUUUAUCCGCUUUACUAAAAAGGUUGGGCAUCGGGUGAUUAGAUUAGACGUGAAAGAAAGAGAGAGCGAGAGUGAAAGAAAAAUGCCGUGCCUUAACAUCUCCACCAACGUUAGCCUCGACGGCAUCGAUUCCUCUUCCAUUCUCUCCGAAGCUUCCUCCACCGUCGCCAAAAUCAUCGGCAAGCCUGUGAACUAUGUGAUGGUUGUGUUGAAAGGCUCAGUGCCCAUAUCAUUUGGUGGAACCGAGGAGCCUGCAGCUUAUGGUGAGCUAGUCUCUAUCGGUGGCCUUAAUCCGGAUGUGAACAAGAAGCUAAGCGCUGCGGUUUCGGCCAUUCUUGAGACUAAGCUAUCAGUGCCCAAGUCUCGAUUCUUCCUCAAGUUUUAUGACACCAAGGGAUCCUUCUUUGGUUGGAACGGGGCAACUUUCUAGUUCCAGGGCAGUUAAGGGAUUAGUGUGAUUGCAUGCAAUUUAUAAACGUGUGUGAUAUUAAUAUUCUAGCUCUUAUGAUCCAUUCGAUCAAGUAACUUUGAACUAUUUCCCGUUGUAAACAAAUAUCUAACGUUUGAUGGAGUCGCAUUAAGGGAUAACAUUUAUGUUUUAUGAUGCUACACUAGAUAAAACUAUGGUUCUCGUU